GAUUUUUGUGAAUAACAACCCGAUUUAAAUGUGUCCUCGCAAAUGAUUUAAAUCGAUGUUGGGUUUAUGUGACAGUUUUGCCAAAUCCUUACAUUUUAUUACUUGUGAAAUGCAAAUGAGUGUUAAGUUUUAAACGGAGUUAAUUUUUACCGACCAUGGAUGAUGACGAUAUCACAGUACGAGUCGCUAUCAGGAUUCGUCCGCAAACGCCGAGAGAGAUCAUAGAUAUGUGCCAGAUUUGCACGUUUGUCCAGCCAGGAGAGCCACAAGUUACUUUAGGGAAUGACAAAACUUUUUCGUAUAAUUAUGUCUUUGAUACCGAUACUAGUCAAGAGAGCGUUUACGAGACGUGCGUUGCCGCUUUGGUUGAUUCCUCCUUAGAAGGGUACAAUGCAACGGUGCUGGCUUAUGGUCAGACGGGUUCUGGCAAAACUUACACCAUGGGAUCAGGGUUUGAUGUUGAGUUAUUGCCAGAACAAGUCGGGAUUAUACCUCGAGCUAUACAUCAUCUUUUCGAUGGCAUCCAAAAUCGUAUCAACCGGGCACACGAAAGCGGCGAAAUUCCCCCCGAAUUUAAAGUAACGACUCAAUUUAUGGAGUUGUACAACGAGGAAGUGAUUGAUCUGUUUAACCCUUCGAGUGGGAAAGAUACGGUUUAUAAAAUUCACGAAGGCGGUGGUGGUAUUCAAAUCAAGGGAAUUACGCAAAAGACGGUAACGUCAGCCGAGGAAACGUUGCAAUGCUUGCGAUUAGGUGCCCUUUCGCGGACUACAGCUAGCACCCAAAUGAAUACCCAGUCGUCUCGAUCGCAUGCAAUUUUUACGUUACAUGUGAAGCAACAACGAAUCGUGCCUUUAACUAAUAGUGAUACAAACGAAUUUGAAACGCUUACGUCCAAGUUUCACUUUGUAGAUCUCGCCGGUUCCGAGCGUUUGAAAAGAACCGGUGCUACGGGUGAAAGGGCGAAAGAAGGGAUAUCAAUAAACUGUGGUCUAUUAGCUUUAGGUAAUGUCAUAUCGGCAUUAGGGGAUAAGUCGAAAAAGGCAACACAUAUCCCUUACCGAGACUCAAAACUAACUCGCCUCUUACAAGAUAGUCUUGGAGGCAAUAGUCAGACUGUGAUGAUAGCCUGUGUAAGCCCCAGUGAUCGGGACUUCAUGGAAACCUUAAAUACGCUAAAAUACGCCAACAGAGCCCGCAACAUCAAAAACAAAGUCUUCGUGAAUCAAGACAAGACUUCGAAAACAAUAUCGCAACUCAAGCAACAAAUCGCCCAGCUCCAGUUGGAACUAGUCGAGUACAAACAGGGCAAGCGCCUGGUGGGCCAAGACGGCACCGAAAUGGUCAACGACAUGUUCUACGAGAACAACAUGCUCCAAGGCGAAGUCAACAAUCUCCGCACGCGCGUCAAAGCCAUGCAAGACACCAUCGACUCCCUCACCCUCAAAAACACAAACCUCCUGGCCGAGAAGGCCACCGGGGCCUGGAUCGGCGGCAGCAGCGACAACGACGUCGCAUGCAUGGUCCAAGCCUACCUCAAAGAAAUCGAAGAACUCAGGGCGAAACUAAUGGAAUCCACCAACACCUGCGAACAACUCCGCAAGCAAAUCAACCGCUUGCAAACCUCCCCCCAGCACAACGCCACCCUCGCCCAACUCGACGAGAACAUGGCGCUGAUCGAGGAAGCCAAGAAGGAGCUCCAACGCGAAAAGUACCUCCUGGAGAAGCAGCUCGACAGCGAGCCCGACAGCGACAACGAAUACGACAGCGGGAGCGAAAAGGACGACCAUACGCAGCUCAACGACGAGCUGAUCACUCUCACAAACGACAUCGACAUGAAGCAGAAACUCAUCGACGAGCUGGAGCUGUCCCACCGACGCAUGCAAACCAUGCGCCAGCACUACGAAGACAAGCUCAUGCAGCUCCAAACCAGGAUCAAGAACACGCAAGAGGAACGCGACAAGAUCUUGCAUUCGUACAGCGCGCGGGAACCGUCCGACAAAAUCAAGAAAAUCAAAGAUGAGUACACCAAGAAACUCUCCGACAUGCAGAAGGAGCUGAAGAAGCUCCAAGCCGCCCAGAAGGAGCACGCCCGCCUCCUGCGCAGCCAAAGCCAGCACGAGAACCAGCUCAAAUCGUACAAAAACGAACUCCUUGAAAUGAAGCGCGCCAAAGUGAAACUCAUCAACAAGAUGAAGGAGGAGUCGCAAAAGCACAAGGAGUCCGAGCUGCGCCGAAUGCGGGAGAUCGCACAAUUGAGGAAAGAGUCGCGCAAAAAAGCCAAUAUGAUUAAAACCAUGGAAGCCGAGCGACAGCUCAAAGACAAGGUUUUGAAGCGCAAACAAGAGGAAGUCUCCGUUUUGCGGAAGAAUCAGAAGGUUUAUUUGAGCACAAAGGCGGCGGGACGGCUGCGGGAGGCUUUCUCGGAACGAGCAGCCAAGCAGAAAUGGCUGAGGAUGGAGAAGUCUAUUAAUAACAUCGCGCUGAGUCGGCGAGGUCUCGUGGAACAGGAAGUCCGAAUGGAGCAUUUUCUCGAAAAGAGGGAAGCGUUGGGGAAGGAACUCGAGGCUUUGGAGGAACGGCGCGAGCAGGCCGUGCAGAAAAACCAAGACCUGACGCACUUGGACAGCUACAUUGAAGACAUCAAGGAAAACAUCAACUACGUCCAGGAAACGAUCAGUGAGACCCAACACAAUGUGAUGGAAAUCGAGGAGUCGCAAGACACCAACGAAUGUGCCCACUUCCAAACUAUCAUCGAUUCCGUUUGUGAUAUUGAAGAAGCCAAAUAUUUGAUCCAGAAGUUGUUCAACAUGACGCUGAGUCAAAGCCACGCCGUCGUCCAACGCGACGCUAAAUUGAAAGAAAACGAGACGACUCUCACCGAGUUGAAGCAAGAGAACCAGCUCAGAGGCCAGUUGCUGGACCACAUGGUGCACAGCGAAUUCCCCAUAUUUUCGAAGGAGCUGACAACAAGCGUCUCAAGCAAUGCGAAUGACACGAGCUCGAAUGCGUCUUCAAGGUCGGCCUCACCGUCGCUACUGGUGCCUGAAUCUUCCUCGCAAAGUUGCGUCGCGAAAAUCAGACGACGGACGGCUUUGCCCAGCGAAUUGCUCUACGGCGCAAGCAGCUCGUCAAUGGGGCCCUACAACUUGCAAGUUUCCGUUUCAAUGGAGCGCGUCCCGAGUGACCCCGGGAGUCCUAAGUUGAAUUUAUGAUAAAACACCGAGUGCGUAUCACACGAAGCGAGGGGAGCAGCCCGAUCGGGACCGAAGUCAUCACCUGGCGUUGUAUAAAUCAUCGUUUUUUUACAAAUAACAUUGCAACAUUACUGACUGUACUUAUAAUGUUUUUAAUAAUCCUCCUGAUGUUGUUACUAUUUUUAUGAUUAAUUAUUUAUUUUAAGCGAUUUACAUGGAGUUUUUAUAUGGUUGUGUCCACUAAUUGAAUUACAACCUUGUUUUUUAA